CCUUGUGAGUCGUUCUCGCGAAUCCAGAAACAUCCUUUAAUUUUAAAAAAUACAUAUAGAUACCCUUUCCCUCCAAAUCCAGAAACGCUUACGUCGUAUAACUGUUUUUGAAUCACCGCGAAACUCGUUUCUCCGAUUGUGGAAGAAGAUGGAGGAGUACUUGCAGUACAUGAAAACUCUCCGCUCUCAAAUGAACGAUGUGGAGGAUGAAGCGGCGAAGAUUUCCGUCGAAGAAGAAAUGCAACUGACAAACGUACGCACUUUGGAAAGCGACAUUGAAUCAGCAAAAUCGGGAAUUACGCAACUCAAGGAAGACACUGAGAAGAUGAGGGCCGCAAAGGGCGAGAUAUGCUCGAAGAUAUUGGAAAAACAGAAAAGGAUUGCCUCUUUGGAGUUUGACACAAUCAAACUCUCCCAGACUUUGGAGCUUAUUCAGCAAGAGAGAGUUGGGUUAUCUUCCAAACUCUCAGAGAAGAGAGCAUACUAUAGCAAGGUUGCAGAGGACAUGAAUGCCAAAUUACAGAAGCAACAGGAAUGGGUCAGUAGUACCCGGAAGAUUAGCAGGGAACUGCAAAAGCAUGACUUGGCCACCGGAAAGGUUGUGGGGGAAAUAAGUAAAGCUGAAGGCAUGGAUCUAUACUUUAGUGUGGUGUUUGACACAACUUUUAACGAAAAAGGACUCUUAAACUCCACCAAAACUUUCAGGAGAAAAGGAGAUAAACAUGUUCAGAUAACUCGACACAAAUUUAAUAGCAACACAGGGAGUGUUGCAAGGACCAAUUUAAUCAAUGAAUUGGAUUCUGCUAAAGCACGGCUUGAGGAGAUUCUUACUCUGAAAGCCAAGGUUCUUACCGAGAACACCAAGAUAAAACUGGCUAUCGAGGAUGUGAAGUGCAGAGAAAAUGAGUUUAAGCCGGAGCUGAAAGCAGCAGGUUUAACUGCUCUUGAAGAGGAAUAUAAAGCUCUUUUGUUAGACAAAGCUGGAGAAACUGAAUACUUGCAAUCUCUAGAGAAUCAAGUUGAGAAACUUAAGGAGAUUCGUCACGUGGUAAAAUGUGCUUGUGGAGAGGAAUACAACGUCGCUUUAAAUAAGUAAUAUUUUAAGAGAACAUGAAACUUGAGGAGGCUGUGAAUUUAGUUGCUCACGUUGAUCUUGAUACGACUGUACAUUUUGGAAAAGAAAUUGACUGAAUGGUUUAUGAUUGUAUUUUCCUUGAUAUAUUAAUAUACAAAACUUUUGAUUGAUUUCUAGGCUGUUGUACUAGGGUUUACAGUCAUUCAAUCUAAAAAGAAUGUUUGAGGGAAACAAAUUCAAUAGACAAGGCUGAGUAAUCACAGUGCAUGCAGAAGCAAUCACUCAAUAUUCAGACUCACUGUAGGAGAUGGAUUUUGGAGGCAUGAUACUGCUUCUUGUGUUUUGACACGAUAUCAGCAUGUACAGGAAACAUGCACCAAUAAUGGAGCAACUUGUACUGAGACAAGACAACCCGCCCAACCGACAUCACUAAAGUCUAAAAGAAAGAUAGGCAGAAGAUCGGGAUGGAAAAAUAAUGUUAGAGAGAACCAAGUCAAUAUCACAUGAUGUGGACGGGGGAGUAAUAGCCAAAUGUAAAUGCCAUGAAGACUGCACAAACUGAUAACCUGCUAAUAAAAAAGGUGAUAUGAGGCCAAGAAAUAAGUGACCAUCAACUAUCGGCACAAUCAAAGAUUAGAAAAAGGAGAUUGCCCUCCUAACCAAGGUGAUUUGAGUUUGAUACCUAACAUUCACUUCUGGAGGGGUAUCAGCAAAUGAAGGAAUUCUGAAGAUCAGCCAAAAAAUACAUAAACUAAUUAAUUUCAAC